CUCCAGUGGGUCCAUAUCCUUGCUUAAAAAAAUGAGCCGUAAAAUGACACCAAAAUAUGUCAAAUCUUUACUGUUUAAUCCAGAAACGCCAAUACCCGUAAUGUUUUGUCUGUUUAUUGCAGAAAUUGCAGUGAAUAUGUUUGUCAUCCAAAAGAUAAAAUAUACAGAAAUUGACUGGGUGGCGUACAUGCAAGAAGUGGAGGGAGUAGUGAAUGGAACGUAUGAUUACGUUCAGCUGAAAGGUGACACAGGACCUCUUGUGUACCCCGCAGGGUUUGUCUAUUUUUACACAGGGCUGUACUAUCUGACUAGCAAGGGACUGGAAAUCCAGCGUGCUCAGUUUAUCUUUGCUGCACUUUACCUUAUUCUUCUUCUCGUGAUAUUUGACAUUUACAGACAAACCAAAAAGAUUCCACCCUAUGUGUUUUUCUUCAUGUGUUGUGCUUCGUACAGAAUUCACUCCAUCUUUGUUCUCCGGCUGUUCAAUGAUCCCGUGGCCAUGUUGCUGCUGUACAUCAGUGUGGAUCUGUUUUUAAGAAAUCACUGGUCGUUGGGUUGUCUCUUUUACAGUUUGGGCGUGUCAGUAAAGAUGAACGUCCUGCUAUAUGCACCUGCUCUUCUGUUGUUACUACUGGCAUCGCAGGGGACUCUAGGAACCGUUAAACAUCUCUUUAUUUGUGCCAUUACUCAGUUAUUACUUGGUCUUCCCUUUCUGCUGACUAACCCUGCAGGAUAUAUCAUCAUGGCGUUUGAUAUGGGUCGGCAGUUUUUCUUUCGGUGGACAGUGAACUGGCGAUUCCUACCGGAAACAGUCUUCCUCAACAGAUAUUUUCAUAUAGCUCUGCUCUGCAGUCACGUUAUCUGUCUUGGCUUAUUCUGUGUUUACAGAUGGAAAAGAUUGUUUCCCAAAGCAACAUUUGGAAUAUCAAGUCGGCCUUACAAAUUACCUUUAUCAAGUAACCAGAUUCUUCUUCCAUUGUUCACAGCCAACUUUAUUGGAAUGUGUUUCAGCAGGUCUCUACAUUACCAGUUUUAUGUGUGGUAUUUUCAUACCCUGCACUUCAUAUUGUGGACAACAUCACUUCCUGUGGUUAUACGAAUUCUAUUGUUGGGUUUGAUUGAGCUCUGUUGGAAUACAUACCCAUCCACAGUCCUCAGCAGUUCUCUGCUUCAUGUGUGUCAUGCUGUGGUGCUCAUUGCACUUUGGAGGAGCAGGGUUUACACAGAAGAAAAAGUUAUUGAAAAAGACAAAUAACAUUUAUGAAGUUUGUGUGGACAUGUGCAAUGUUGUUGUUGUUUUUGGCUUUUUGUGUGUUUUUGGGCAUGUUCGUUUGGUAAUAUGAGAAAUUGGAAUCCCUGGAGAGAGGUGCAGAAUUCAGUGUUCCAUAAACAAAGGUGGAGAUAUUUUCACCAUCCAACAUAGAGCUUCUGUUCCAAUAUUGUUGAAUUGGUGGAAUUUUUGAUAUACACAAUGUAGUUCUCACUGAACAAUGACCGCCCAAUCAAGCACUCCAUUAUUGUGUCCAGAUGGACAUAUCUAAGUAUGUAAGAGCUGGGAUCCAUAAUUGGUUCAACAAAGGCCAUGGUUUGUGCUAUCCUGCCUGUGGGAAACGCAAAUAAAAGAUCCCUUACUGCUAAUCGGAAGAGUAGCCCAUAUAGUGACGACAGUGGGUUUCCUAUCA